AUGGCCCCCACUGGAAAUCAUGCUUUAAUUUAUGGCGCAUCUGGCAUUUCAGGAUGGGCUAUCGUGAAUUCAAUUCUGAAUGGCUACCCCUCCAAGGAUACCUUCUCCAAAGUUUCGGCGCUGGUGAACAGGCCUCUGACGAGGGAAAUGGCACUAUGGCCUGAUGACCCAAGGCUACAGGUCGUCUCAGGAAUUGACCUUCUUAAAGGAACCCAGGAGGAGCUGGACAAGGCGAUUAAGGAGAAGGUAAAAGACAUUGAUACUGUCACGCAGGUGUACUUUUAUUCCUACAAACAAAAUGAUGACAACGACCAAGAAUGUCAAACCAAUGAAGCUAUGCUGGAACGGGCUAUCACCGCGAUCGAGCACCUCUCUUCAAAACUCUCAUAUGUAGUGCUCCCAUCCGGAACUAAGAUUUACGGCUGCCAGAUGCUCGACAAAUUCCCCUUCUCGAACGACCUGCCUUUGAAAGAAACCCUUCCUCCGAUCCCCGAACCUUUCCUCUCAAAGCUCUUCUACUACAACCAAAUCGACUGUUUAAAGCGUAUUUCGAAAGGAAAGAGUUGGAACUGGUGUGAGGUCCGACCAGACAAUAUCAUUGGAUUUGUUCCGAACAAUAACGCAUACUGCCUCGCGCAAACUCUCGCCCUGUACCUCUCGCUUUACAAAACUGUUGAAGGCCAUGGAGCAAGGUGUCCGUUUCCUGGAAACGCGAAGUCGUGGGUUAACAAGUACAAUGAAUCCCCUCAAGAUAUGGUUGCAAACUUCUCAAUCUUCGCGUCGCUCCACCCAGAAAAGACAGCAUCGCAAAGCUUCAACGUUGGCGGGCAGGAAGAUACUUGGAGCAGGAAGUGGCCAGUUAUUUGCGACUACUUUGGUUUGAAGGGAACCGGUCCGGAGGAGAACUCACCGCAGCCAGGUGCAUAUAUCGCAGCGCAUAGAGAGGAAUGGGAUGAGCUUGAGAAAAAGCAGAAUUUGAAGAAGGGUAGUGUGGACAGCGAUAUAACCCACCCAGGGUUCCAGUACUACAUCAUGACGCUAUUUGACUUCGACCGACAGAUGAGCAUGGAGGCCUCGCAUAAGGCUGGCUACACUGAGGAGAUACGCACACCAGAGACUUGGAAGAUUGCGUUCGAUCGCAUGAGGAAAGCCAAGGUUAUUCCAUGA